AUCAUAUUUGCUCAAUUCACAAAGGCAUUAUUUUAGAGGGGUGAAGCUGAAAACAUUCAUACGUGCAGUGGAGCAGCAUUAAACACGGAGACAUGAAGUGCACGAGCCAGGCUUUGAUCUUUAAUUCCCUUGUUCUUUUCCAGGAGGUUGAAACCGCUCGACACAGUAUGUUGAGGAAGAUCUACUACCUGACUGACGAGGUGUUGAGGAGUCACUUGCUGCUCUUCCGUCUGCCCCAGCAUCACUUACAGCUCGGCUUCGACAUGUACGAACAGUUGCCUCCCAUUAGGGCCAAACGUUUGGAGAGAGUCCUGGGACUGCAGGAGAGCAGUGUUGACAAAGGCGACUGAAAAGAGUGAUAAAAAACCUGAAGAAAAAUAACAGGGUUGUAUUCUCAAAAUAGGCUAGGUAGAGGCGAGAUGAGGUAGCAGAAGGUGCUGCACCACAGCGAGAUGUUCGUUUCAAGGCAUCACAAUGUCACAUGUAGUUGUUUCUGUGGCCCUUUUUUCUUUAAACUAAAGCUGAGUUAGACUCAGUUUCUAGUGCUUAUGGUACCCUGAUGAGGCUCUCACCGGAAAUUCUCUGAAAAUUAUUACAUUGAGGCCAAAGUUUAAAUAAAAAUGUCAAAUGUUUUCUUCCUGUUUUGUUACUAAUAUGUUUGUAUAUUUGCAAAAAAUGCCACCAUGUGUUCCAGGUUCUUAAAAAAAUAUGGCAGGGCAGUUCUUCCUGCUUCACUAGUGCCUGAAAUGAUCUGAAAUGAUUGUAAAUAAAACAGUGAUGUUUGAAUAAAAUAUGAUGUGUAACCUUUUAUCCCAUUAAACCUGAGCUCUGAAAUUUUUACCUGCUUAACCCUUGUAUGGUGUUCGGGUCUGUGAGACCCGUUUUCAGUUUUUUUCAAAAGAAAAAUUAAACAAUUAAUUAUUUUUUCAACCUGAAAUUCAUUGGCUUUGGCUUAUUUUCUGUGAAGAACAUAAAUCCGAACUAAUUUUCAAUGACCUCAUACUGUACCUCCCCCCACGCAUUUACAUUACAUACAAGGUGUUCGGGUCCACUGGACCCAGGUCUAAUAAAAGUGUUGAAAGU